GAAGAAUCAAGACAAAUGCUUAAUCUUAGCUUCUUUUUAUAUCUGCUAUGUAUUUAAGUAACGAGCAGUACCUGGCUCAGCUAGACGAGCAUUUACAGCAGUUACAAGGAAAAGGAGCUAGUUCCUUGUAUUUCUCCCAAAAGAAAAAUCCAGUUCCCAACGAUGAACAAGAUUCCAAACCGUCACUCCUAUUAAGAGUCAAGAAUGGAGCAAACUGGAAAAUUUCGACGAUUGUAGAUGCAAAGGAUUUUACAGAGUUUUUUGCAAGAUAUACAGAGGUCUGCAAAGGUGGAAUGAUUGGGUUGAAGAAACGCGAUCGAAAGAAAAACAAAAACAAGAAGAAAAAGAAAGCACCUUCAGCACCCAAUGCAUAAAAAUAAUGUAUGGUGUUGACUUUAUUUUCGAUUCUUUGCUUUAUACUUUUUAUUUUUUUAUCCUAUUCUAUACCACUUUUUCGAUAAUGUCUACUGUUAUUUAUUGAAACAUAAUUCUUAAAAGAAUGUCUUAGCAGUAACAACUUACCAAUUUCUUUAUGGGAAUGAUGAGGAUUCUAUUUUAUUUUUACCUGUUACUUUCUCUUCUAUACACAAUGUUUUCCUUUUCCUUUUUUUGUUGAGGAAUCCUAAAAAUUACCCUUUCAUUCAAACAACAUGCAAGCGAUUGCAACCAAGUUCAAUUUCGUUCUAUCUACAGAUGGAUUUUCUUUUUUACCUUCCUUUUCUCGUAUAGACAUUUUGUUUCCGACCCCAUAAUUUUCUAACCCCAUAAUAUUAAGUAUUAGAUGACUGAUGUAUGAAAAUUAAUCCUUUUCAAAACCAAGCAUAUUGCUC